AUGGGGCCGCCCCGGCCGCGUCCGGGCGAGGAAGCGCCGGCGAAGAAAAAGAAGAAGCGGAGGAAGGAGGCGGCCGCGGAGCCAAAGGCCGAGAGGAGUGGGGCGGCGACGCGCCGCCAGCCCGAGCGCGAGCGGCAGGGACAGCUCGCAGAGCGACGGCGCGGGGCGGCGCGCCGCGGCCGCCGCGGCGGCGGCGAGGAGGCCCGGGGGCGACGACGGUCGCGCAAGGAAGGCGCCCAAGCAGGCCAAAGCGGCAAAGGAGGCCAAGGAGGCCAAGGCGCGGCGGCGAGAGGGCUCCUCCCCGGAGCCGCCCCCGAAGGCGCGGCGGCGAGAGGGCUCCUCCCCGGAGCCGCCCCCGAAGGCAGCGUCGCCGCCCCGGCGGCGGCGGCGGCAGCCGAGCCCGGCGCCCGUGGCGGUGUCCAGCUCGCCGUCCACGCCGGAGGGGCUGAAGUCCCCGUCGCCGGAGAGGCCCACGUACGGCCCCGAGAAGCCGGCGGUGCUGGGGCCGCAGAAGCCCGUCGCCUACGGGCCCGAGAAGCCGACCUUCGGCCCCGAGAAGCCGGGCGGCGCGGCCUUUGGCCCGGAGAGGCCUCUCGCCGCUCGGCUCGGGCGGACGACAACGGGAGGGGGGAGAGCUCCGCGCGCGCAGACCCCUCUCUCCUCCUGGCCCCGCGGGGAGGACGGACCGAAACCUCUCGCUGUGGCUCGGCCAGAGACCCAGAGGCGACGCCGACGCGCCCGCAGGCCGGGGGCCCCCGGUCCGGAAGGCCCUGCACGACAAGGGCUUCGCGUUCGCACGGAGCCGCAACGCCAGGAGGUGACGGCGCCCCGCUGUGCAACGAGCCCUGCGCCCCGGGGCUCCCCCCUGCGCUGGCGCGCCGGCGGCAGCUGCAACCCGGCGCGGCCGCGGACGCGGCGCAGGCGCCCCCUGCGCUCGGGGAGUGCAGCGCCCGGGCCCUGAGUGCGGGCGCGUCCCCGGUGGGUGCCUGCGCCGAAGGGUGUCCAGAGGUCCCGAAGGGGUUUGCGGAGGUCCAGAGGCCCGCGGCGCUGAGCUGGCACGCCCGCGGGGAGCGGGGCCCCGCCGGGCCCGCGGGGCCGGCGCCAGACGCCCGACCCCGGGGCUGCGUCGGGAGCCCGUUGUACAUUCGGGGGGGCCGAGGCUGGGCUCCCGACCCCGGGGUAGGGGAUACAGGGGGGCGCGGCCCGGCCGCAUGGCGGCGGCGGCCGCGGCAGGGGAGGACGGCGCCCUGCGGCUGUUGUGGGACUUCCUGGAGGAGGCUUCCUGGAGGCGCACCCGGGGCCGCCGCCGGCCGCCCCAGCCCAGGCCCGGUGCCCUCGGCUCGCGCGGCCCGGGCGACGCUGGCGCCAGUGGAUCCGCCGCCGCGGCGGCCGGCGCCGCGGGAGCCGGCCGCUGCCCUGCUGGCGGGCGCGCGCCCGGGCCUGCUGGAGGGCCGCCGCGCGGAGAAGUUCUUCCCGGCCCUCCAGCAGUGGCGCUGCCAGCCGCGCUGCGGCGGGCCGCCCGCGCGCGCGUGGGCGGCGGAGGCGGGUGCCGCCCUGCCGCCGGUCGCGAGGGCGCUCCAGGGCGCCCUGGAGUGGCCGUGGAACGCCCCACGGCAGCACCCCGACCCGCCUGGACACCUGAGCUACGGGAAAUGCGCCGUUGAGCUCGUGGGCCUUCGGAAGGGCGAGGACCCUGCAAGUGCGCAGCCCAGUUUCUAUGGCACGGCGGUGACACUUUGCCCGGGAGUCGAAACCAUUCCGCCGUAUGCUUUUCAAGCAUGCAGUAUGCUGGCAAGCGUGGAGCUGCCAGAUUCUCUGACGGCCAUCGGGGAAUUUGCUUUCGAACAGACGGGGCUCGUCGAUGUCACAGUCCCGGACGGUGUGACGAGCAUAGGGAUGUUUGCCUUCUUCAACGCUGCUGAUCUAGUCAGUGUUGUGCUCCCGAGCUCGCUGACCACCAUCGGGCUCUGGGCCUUUGUUGGCACUGGGCUGGUCGAAGUGACGAUCCCGGGGUCGGUCACGAGCAUUGGGAACGAUGCCUUCGACAUCGCCACCCUGACCACGGUGUACUUGCCUGGACACGACGCCGAGGAGGCGGCGGGAUUCGCGGCCGCUUUCGGCGACGCUGACCCUACGAUCCAGGUGGCCACUGGCACGGAGACCAGCACCUCGCGUGCCAUCUUUGUCGUCGACCAGCACCUCGCCGGGGCACACCACCACGGGGACCAGCAGGAGGCGGAGGAGCACUUCACUGGAACCAGGGGUCGUCUACGCCGUGGGCAGGAACUCCGGGGGGCAGCUGGGCGUUCAGGACUCGGGGACCCCGUCGUCGGGACCCCGACCAUGGUCAUGGUCGACGUACAGACCGUCAGCGCCAGCCAGGGCCUCUCCGGCGAGUUCACCGUCUUCCUGACGACCGACGGGGCGGUCAGGUCCCUCGGGAGCAACGAGGUCGGCCAGCUGGGAGACGGCACCUUCGAGGAGAAGGGGAGCCUCGUGACGGUGUUCGAUGCCGGCGUGCAGGCGGUGAGCGCCGGCGACGGGUUUUUUGCCUCCCUGCUGCAGGACGGUUCCGUCAUGGCUGCUGGCCAGAACACCAACGGGCAGCUGGGCGACGGCACCACUGUGACAAGUAGCUCGCCGCAGAGGUCACACAUCGACGAUGUCUCGGCGAUCUCCGCGGGGUGGUGGCACCUGGUCUUCCUCAAGACCGAUGGCACAGCACACGCCACCGGGAAGGGCGAGAGCCUCAACGCGGGAGCGCUCGGCGAUGGCGGGGCGGCCGACCGCGCGACGCCAGUCCAGGUGCUGUCGGUCACCGAUGUGCGGGCAGUCGCCGCGGGGAAGUCGCACACCCUCCUGCUCCGCCAGAACGGCGAGGUGUGGGGCACGGGCCAGAACUGGAACGGCGAGCUCGGGCUUGGCAGCACCGAGUCGCCCGUGCUCUCACCCCUCAAGAACACCAUCAUGAGCGGCGUGCAGGCCAUCGCGGCCGGAGUCGGGUGCUCGUUCUUCGUGAAGGCCGACGGCACGGCGUGGGCUACCGGCAGCAACGCGAACGGGAAGCUCGGCGACGGAACUACGCAGUCCAGGUCCAGCCCCGUGCAAGUGCUCGACGGCGUGCAAAGCGUCUCGUCGCAGAACGACCACACGCUCUUUGUGAAGGCCGACGGCACGGCGUACGCAGCUGGGGAGAACUUGUACGGUCAGCUGGGCACUGGGCGAUACGGUCUCACGCACGAGCCCGGCAGAACGGUGAUGGAGAAAGUCAUCAGUGCGGUGGCAGGUCCAUACCACAGCUUCUUUCUGACGAACGGCAGCAUCUCGUACAAUUUCGCAGCGCCCUGCCCUGCGGGCACCUCGGUCGGCGCCGUGGACGGCGUCGAGGUCACUCUCGAGACGUGGAUACCGCACCAGGGGGAGCGCAGCAUUCGCUGCCCCGACGGCUCUUUGGGCUCCCUUGACGUGAAGUGCUGGGCUGGCAGGAUCACGGUUGUACAGGAUUCCUGCGCCGCCACCACCACGGUUGCCGGCUGCGACGCGGGCGAAGUAGCCAGCGCGGCAGGCAUCGAGGUGGUCUUGACAGCACCGCUGCAGCACCAGGGGCUGAAGGCCGUCGGAUGCUCCGGCGGCUACGUCGGCGCCGCGGUGGUGGAGUGCUCCGAGGGCAGCCUCCGCGUCGCCGAGAACCACUGCGCGGCCGCCGCCACCGCGGCGCCGACCCCGGCGGCGGCCGCCGGCUGCGCGCCCGGCCAGGCGGCCUCCGCCGGCGGCGCCGCCACGGCCGGCCUGCCGGAGCCCCUGCCCGACGGGGGGCUGGCGGUGGUGCCCUGCGGCGGCGGGCGCGCGGGCGGCGCGGCCGUGGAGUGCUCGGCGGGAAGCCUGCGGGUCCUCGUGGAGCGGUGCGGGGCCGCCCCCGCCGCGACCGCGGCGCCCACUCCGGCGCCGACGGAGGCCGGCCAGUCCGCCGCCGACGCGCACGUCGAGGUGGCGCUGGCGGCGCCGCUGCCGCACGGGGCGCUGGGCGUCGCGGCCUGCCCCGAGGGCACCGUCGGCGGCGCCGUCGUCCGGUGCUCGGAGGGGGAGCUCGAGCUUGUGCAGAGCCACUGCGCCGCCGCCCCGGCACCCGCGCCGACUCCGCCCGACUGCCAGGUCGGCCAGGCGGCCAGCGGGGUGCAGGCCAACAUGUUCAACGUCAACGCCACCCUGGUGGCGCCGCUGCCGCAGGGGAAAAUGAGGAUCGUCAACUGCACCGCUGGCUGGGUCGGGCUCGCGGUGGUGGAGUGCAUGCAGGGGGGCACCCACGAGGUCGUGGAGAACCGCUGCUCGUACCCCGCCUCGGCUCCGACGCCGACGCCCGCCGCCUGCGAGCCGGGGGUGGUAGCCCCGCCGAGCUUUGGCUCGGCGUCCGGCGCGGCGGUCGCCAGCGAGAGCCUGACGUCACCGCUCGAGCACGGGGGGCUGGUGGUCGUCGACUGCUCCGAUGGCUACGUCGGCUCCGUGGUGGUGGAGUGCUCGCAGGGCGGCCUGAGAGUGCUGCUGCACAACUGCCGCCCGACACCCCCACGCCCAGUCCGGCCGCGACCCCGGCCCCGACGGCCGCCCGCUGCGGGGCGGGCGCCGGCGCCGCCACGGCGGAGGGGCUCCAGCUCGCCCUCGCGGCCUCGCUGGAGGACGGGGCGCUGCGGGCCGUGCCCUGCCCCGACGGCCACGCCGGCACGGCCGUGCUGA